GUUUUACCCUUGGAAGGUGUAUGGAAUUAGCACGAGCUCUUGCUCCCCGUGGAGUUAGUUAAAAAAUAAACUGUGUUUUCACGCAAUCCUAGUCAGGAAAAUAAUAAAAACACAAUUUUCUUAUGUUACGUAAUGUUUUUCUCUCUGGACAUUCAUGUGUAGUGUUGUGACCGUGUUCAAUAUCAAGUUUUUGAGGCUAAGGACAGAUACCAUGCUUUACUAAACCAACAUGGUAACACUCCAUAUUGUUUUUUCGAAAUUUAUUUACUACUAAUCCUAUUUACCCUGUAUCAAAUCAAAGUAAGGUAGAUUAGUAUGGAUACACGUGUUCCUCCAACACCAAAAAAUCCUGGAUUAGAGGAUGACAAUAACACCAAAUCAGAACCAGGGGCAUCUUAUGCCCAUGCAGUACUAAAUUUUAAACAGACAACUUAUAACAAUAAUAAGGAAAAUAUUGAGGAAACUCAUAAAGAAAAUCAUCAAGCACAGGCAGUGGUUGAAAAUACAAAACAACCUGAACCAGAAACCUCUAAGGUGAAUGUAGUUGCAGAUGAUGAUGGAACUUUUACUCCUGUAGUAAGCCACAGCAGGAAGGAUAGGAAAAAUGAGAAACUAAAGAAGAACAAAGUUGCUCAUAUAGAAAAGGAAAAGCAUGAAAAACAUGACAAGAAAGAUAAUCAUGUUCCUAGAGACAAGCAAAAAGAUGGUAAUCCCAAAGACAAAGAUAAAAAAGAUGAAAAAGAUGUGACCAGUAACAAGGAAUCAGCAGAGGAACAAUCUGAUGUCAAAAAAGUGUUUGUAGAAGCUCCAAUUCCAAAAGUGAAUCCUUGGCAGUUGAAACAUGUGUCACAGACCAAUCAAAAAGAUGAUUCAGCUGCAAAAAGAGUUCUUCAACCAAAAAAGCAAGAAGUGACAACCAAUGGAUCAGUUGCUCCAAUUGUUCAAACUGCUACAGCUUCAUCAACUAUACCUGCUGCACCAACUGCUGCACCUUCAGCAGUUCCAACUACAGCAUCAUUUGGAGUUGUCAAAGCUCCAAGAGAUAAACGAAAAUAUAACCAAAAGGCUAGUGAUUUUACUGAUAUUUGCGACUGGCCCUCGCUAGGAAAUAAUGGUACUGCCUCGACUCCUACCACUUCUACUGCUGCUAAUGCUGAGACAACCAAGUCUUUCGUCCCUGCACAGGUCCAGUCUUCUUCAUCUUCCGCUUCGACAUCCAAAGAAAGGACUCCACAACAGCAACACCACAAUGAAGAGCACGACGACAAGAGGAAGCCCACUAAGCAGAAGUGGGUGCCUAUGGAGAUCGAGCUGCCGAAGGCAAACAAGAACGAGAGGAGACGUGGCGAUAAUAGGGCUAAUGAUGAGAGGUCGACUGUCAGUGAGGGUGAUAAGGAUUGGCGGGCAGAACGUGAACUCAAUGGGCACAACCACAAUGAACGGCAUUCAAGACCUGUCCCUGGUGGUAGAAAUAGGAAUGACAGAUCAAGAGGUGGUAGAAGGGGGAUGAAUAAUCGACAGAAUAACAGGAUUCCGAACAAUCCAGACUACAUCGAUUUCAAUGCUGAAUUCCAGCGUGGAAAACUUGGUGAAAUGAUGGAUGGACAAGGCUUUGUGCCAUAUAUGGGCACUUAUUAUUUCAACAGUAAUAGCUACCUCAGUUUAGACGGACCAACUGUUAAAGAAUAUAUCAGGAACCAAAUUGAAUACUACUUUAGUGAGGAUAACCUCAACAGAGACUUCUUCUUGAGAAGAAAAAUGGAUGCAGAAGGCUACUUACCUGUCACUCUAAUUGCUUCUUUCCAUCGAGUUCAAGCUUUGACAAACAAUGUUGCGUUGAUUGUCGAAGCUAUCAGUUCCUCUGAUAAACUCGAAUUGACAGCUGGCUUCAAGGUACGGCCAAAGAAAGAUCCACUGCAAUGGCCCAUUCUAGAUGAAGCAAACGAGUUGAAGGAAGAAAUGAUAUCAAAGUUGGUACCACCACCUCCGUUGCCGAAAACGCUAAGAGACCGUCAGAUAGAAAACUUGAAUCCUGAUGUUGCCGAAUUCAUUCCUCAAGAUAUAGCAGAUCCGAAAAAGAAAUUCAAUAACAAUAUGGUGAACGGUAAUGGAUCAUCUGAUGACAACCAGACAUCCAAUGGCAAUUCUAGUAAUGAGGACAAAAGAGAAGAAGAUGAAAACUGGAGGCAGGUCAAGAGAAAAAACAAGGAGAAUCGAGUGAAAAAGGAGUCCAAGACAAAGUCAUAUGAACGGGAAGAACUCGAUUUUCACUUUGACGAAGAGUUAGAUCAAGAGGUACCAACAGGAAGACAAAAUACAUUUUCUAAUGAAUGGCCUCCUGAUGAUGACUCGGAUGAACUCAGUGACAGAGAUGUGAACAAACUGCUCAUCGUGACUCAGACUGAAGCAACUGAAUCAUCGAGAGUACCUAAGCAUGAAGGUUAUGAUCGUACGGGAGAUUGGACUACGCGUGUUAAAAUGACCCAGGAGCUAGGACAGGCUAUCAAUGAUGGUCUUUAUUAUUAUGAAGAAGAUUUAUGGACUGAUCAAGAUUAUGAACGGAGUUCAGUGGAGAGUUAUAAGACUGUCACCAUCAUUAGUCAGGAAGAUUUCAAGAAAAUGGCACCUCCAGCACCUAAAAUACAGAAUCCUGAAGUACCACCACCACCUCCACCAAUGCUGGAUGCUCCAUUACCACAAUCUGGUAGUAGCAGAAGGAGAGAACCAGCUAAUGCUCGCCACAGGAACGUUCCGAGGUUCUAUGCCGUCGUCAAAGAUGAAAGAGUUGAUCCUAGUACUCCUAGAAAGCGUAAAACCAGGCACUCAAGCAAUCCUCCUGUAGAGCAGCACGUUGGCUGGAUUAUGGAUGUUAGAGAGCAUCGUUUACGUACCACAUCAACUGGUAGUAGUUUCGGUACCAGUCCAAAUGAUGCUCAUUUGGGCACUAGUUAUGGCAGUUAUGGAAGUGUUCCACAAGCUCUACCCAACUUUCAACACCCAUCACAUGCUCUUCUCAAGGACAACAACUUCACACAACAGGGCUAUCACAAGUUCAGGCAGAAGUGUCUAAAAGAAAGGAAAAGAUUUGGUAUCGGCCAAUCCAACGAGAUGAACACACUUUUCCGCUUCUGGUCAUUCUUCUUGAGGGAAAACUUCAACCGCACCAUGUACAAUGAAUUCAAAACUCUCGCUCUCGAAGAUGCAGAACAGGGAUAUCGAUAUGGCUUGGAAUGCCUCUUCCGGUUCUACUCCUAUGGACUGGAGGUGAAAUUCAGGCCGCACUUGUACGAAGACUUUCAGCAGGAGACUGUGAAGGAUUAUGAGAACGGGCAGUUAUACGGUUUGGAGAAAUUCUGGGCUUUCCUGAAGUACUACAAGCACGGCAGCCACCUAACAGUUAAUUCUGUUCUCAGCAAGCACUUGUCAAAUUUCAAGACCGUAGAAGAUUUUCGUGUUGUUGAGCCGAGGAUUGAAGAGAUAUUCAAGUCCCAUGGAAGAGGCAACCAAUACAAACAGAAUGCAAAGAGGAACCGUAGUGUCUCUGAAAGUCAAACUGCUCAACCUAGUACAUCUCGUGAUGAUCAUAGGCGCUUCUCUGGUGCUAACCAAAGAAAUGAUGUAUUCCACCCGCAACCAGGUACUAGCGCUCCAGCGGAUUCAGGAUUCAAGUAUGCAAGAUCUCGCGCUCAGUCAUUUGGUUCUGGACGCAAUCGCAACAAUAGUACUCGUCAACGUACUGAUUCUUGGAGACAGAGAGAAUAAGCUAUUGGUUUGAAGUAAAUUAUCGAUUUCGGACGAUUUUGUGGGACGUGUUCUAAACAUUAGGUCUAUUAUCUUUUACUUACCAUCUUUGUUAGGUUAUAAUUUAAUAAGCAUAGUUCACAAACAUCAAGAAGACCAAAAAUGUGUAAAAUGAAAUGAAUGAACAUUUUUUAAUUUUUAACAAAAGUGUGAACCAAAAUUUAUCAAGUGGUUGCAGUUGGUGCCAUUGCCUUAAAAACAUGUUUCACAAUUUUACAUUUUUCAUAUUUUUUUAGUGACUAUACGAAUAAAAGAAAUAGUAAACAGCAAUAUUAAUUGAAAUAGAAAUAUGAAAUGAC